AUGUCUAGAACAAAUUCGAUUCACCUAUAUCGUCACACACUUCGUUACUUACGUUCACCAGACCUACCGUUUCCCUAUCUUUCAUCGAAAUUAUGCUAUAAUGCUCGAGAUUUAUUUGAAAUACAUCGUUAUGAACAGAAUCAAGCUAAAAUCAAAAAAUUAGUUGAAGAUGGUUGGCAAGAUUUAGGAUUCAUAAAAGCUUGGAGAUUUCUCGAAAAGGAUUUAUUGGAUCAAAUCUUUAGAGGAUUUGGAAAUUCUGGGAAUAACGCCAAACUCUCCAAUGGUCAACAACGACGAAACCUUUCUAUACAUGAAUAUAUGUCCAUGGAACUUUUGAAUAAGUAUGGCAUAAAUACACCUAAAGGUGGAGUUGCUAGAACUCCUCAAGAAGCUCGUGACGUAGUAUUGAAAUUAGGUACCGAGGAUGCCGUUAUUAAGGCGCAAGUCCUUGCUGGUGGUCGCGGGAAAGGUGUUUUUGAUAGUGGACUUAAGGGUGGUGUUAGACCUAUUUAUUCUCCUGCCGAAGCUAAAAUGUUUGCUGAACAGAUGUUAGGUCAUAAACUCGUAACAAAGCAAACUGGUGCAGCUGGAAAAAUAUGUAAUUCGGUCUUUAUUGUUGAACGAAAAUUUGUUCGUCGAGAAUUUUAUUUUGCAAUCCUUCAAGAUCGAAAAGCUCAAGGUCCUGUUGUUGUCGCUUCAUCUCAAGGAGGUGUUGAUAUCGAAACUGUAGCUGCUGAAAAUCCCGAGGCCAUCAUAACUUUACCCAUUGAUAUCGAUAUUGGGUUGUCAAAAGAUGAUGCUAAAUAUUUGGCUGAAAGAUUAGGAUUUUCUCAAAAAGUUCUUGAUGAUGCUGCCGAUAUGAUACAAAAGCUGUACAAACUUUUUAUAGAGAAAGAUUGUACUCAAGUAGAAAUUAAUCCAAUGGCUGAAUCAUCUGAUCACGAAGUUUUAUGCAUGGAUGCGAAACUUAAUUUUGACGAUAAUGCCGAGUUCCGACAGAAAGAUAUAUUUCAAUUACGCGAUACCAGUCAAGAAGAUUCGCGUGAAGUCGCAGCAUCAAAAUAUAAUUUGAAUUAUAUUGGCUUGAACGGUCAAAUUGGAUGCUUAGCUAUGUCAACUAUGGAUAUCAUCAAACUUCAUGGUGGCGAACCUGCAAAUUUCUUAGAUGUUGGAGGUGGUGCUACUGCAGAACAGGUGACAGAAGCGUUCAAAAUCAUUUCUUCUGAUCCUCAGGUUACUGCUAUUUUGGUCAACAUUUUUGGAGGUAUUAUGCGUUGUGAUAUUAUUGCUCAGGGUAUUAUUCAAGCAGCUACACAUUUAUCAUUAACGAUGCCUGUAAUAGUUGACGAAGCUAAAAGAUUAAUAGCAGAAUCUGGAUUACGUAUAAUUUCGGUUGAUGAUCUCGAUGAUGCAGCUUCAAAAUCUGUACAAUUAUCAAAAAUUGUUCAAAUUGCACGUCAAGCGAACAUUGGAGUUAAUUUUGAAUUACCAAUAUAA